CAAAAAAAAAAAAAAAACAAAACAACUUUGAAAUCCAUCCAACCAUUUUCUUGAUCGCUUAUCCUCACAAGGGUCGCGGGGAGUGCUGGAGCCUCUCCCAGCUGUCAACGGGCACGAGGCGGGUUCCACCCUGAACUGGUUGCCAUCAAAUCGCAAUUUUGACAUUUAAAAAAUAAAAUCCACAUUGAUUUAAAUUUGCAGUACAUCCAAAAGUAAAAAAAAAAAAAGAAAUGCGAGCCCUUUAAAAAGGCUGCUUGGUGACGUCACUGCUCGUUGACCGUCAUCGCCACGCCUCCGAAGAUGACGUGUUGCUUGACAGCCGAACUUGUCCAACAGGAGUUUUCUUGCCCGUUUUUUUGCUCUUGCUCGCCCAACUUCUUUCCGCCUCGGCCGACCGGAGACUCGUCGGAGAUUUAAACCAAACGAGCCUAGUUUCGAACAACAACAACAACAAGAGGAGGCGGCGGCGGCUCGUGUCCGAACCUGGUGCGACGAAAAACUUUUUUCACUUCAGGUAUCUGGUGACCAGAGGGCGGCGGAGGGGUGUUCUCCAAGGCCCAAACAUGCGGAGGCGUCUGGACCGGAUCCGGAAUUGGGGCCACAGGCGGGACGACAUCGUGGAUCUGUCGGAGUCGCUCAACACGUCAGACGCGGAAUGCGGCGAGGAGGUUGCUUCAGAAACUCUUUCUGCAUCUCAAGAUGAGCCCAAAACAGAUCUGAACGAGGUCAAAGGUCACCUGGAGAUCACCUUGUUGGAGAAGCACUUCUUACAGGAGGAGCUGAAGAAAGUCAGGGAGGCCGAAAACGGCGUGGAAGCGCUGCGACUGGAGCUGGAACGGGAACGCUGCCGGAACGCCGAGCUGGAACGAAGGCUCAGUGACCUCGUCGACGCCAGACUCGCCGAGUUGCCGUCGAGCGCGGCCAAAGCCCCGCCCCCUCGCGACAUCCCCGACCCGGCGUCGGAGGACGUGUACGGCCGCUUUCAAAGAUGGCUUUCCGAGCAUCUGGGCGUCGACUUCGACGACUUCCGCACGCAACCUGCGGAAGAGGCGCCCGAGCCGGACGAGCCGCUCAGCGCCAGGAGGCUGACGGAAAACAUGAGGCGGCUCAAGCGAGGACUGCGGCCCAUCAGCAGCUUCCUGCGCGACCUCUCGGCCUUGUCCAGCUGGUACUCCGUCUACACCACGGCCAUCGCCUUCGCCGUGUACACGUACGCUACGUGGCGGGGCUGGACGAUCUCCGUCUUUCUCUUCCUGGCCGUCCUGCGCCUCUCUUUGAACUACCUCAUCGCCGGGGGCUGGAGGAUUCAGUGGAGCAUCGUUCCGGAAGUCUCAGAACCUGUGGAGCCGCCCAGGGAAGACCUGACCGUGACGGAGAAGUUCCAGCUGGUUCUGCACGUGGCCCAGAGAGCUCAGAAUAUCUUUGGCAAGAUGGCCGACGUCUUGGAGAAGAUAAAGAAUCUCUUCAUGUGGGCGGAGCCUCAGCUGACAAAGAAGCUGUACGUGACUCUGUGGGUGUCCUUCGUCGCCUCCUGCCUGCUGCCAUACAAACUGCUGGGAUUCGUCAUCGGUGUGUUUGUGGGCGUCAAGUUCUUUGUCGUCAACUUCAUCUUCAAGAGUUGCCCCAAACUCCGCCGGCGCUACGACACGGCGCACAUCGUCUGGAGCGGCCUGCCCACCGACCUCCAGAUGAGGGAGCGGAGCGACCGCCCGCUUGGCAGAAGACGGGGUCCUGGCACCGCGGACGACGACGGAGGAGGAGGAGCAAGUCGAUACUACAGCACCAAGCGAGGAACCUUCUACGAGGUCUUCAACCUGCCCGAGAGAGAGCGCCCCCUAGAGGUGUGUGAGAACGGUUGGCGCUGCUGCCUGAUCAACCGCGACAAGAAGACCCCCGCGGACUACAUCCGCAACGGCGUCCUCUACGUCACCGACAACUACUUGUGCUUCGAGUGUUCCCGCUCGUCUUCAUCCAAGAGGGACAAAGUCAUCAAACUGCUGGACAUCAUCGACAUGCAGAAGUACAAAGUGUUGUCCGUGUUGCCCGGCUUCGGGAUGGGCAUCUCCAUAGCGACGCCAUCCACUCAGAAGCCGAUGGUUUUCGGAGCCAUGACCAACAGGGACGAAGUCUUCGACGCCAUCUCGGCCCAGCGCAGUCUGGCCGUUGCCACGGAGAUGGCGGCCAGCCCCGAGACCUAAUAGGUCGUCGUCGGCGGCGGCGGCGUCGUCGGCGUCGGCGUCGUCGUCGUCGGCGUCGUCGUCGUCGUCGUCCUCUCCCAAAGGCGUCCGAAUGAUUGACGCACUGAAAGGUGAAAGGUCGCGAGACUUCUUGGUGUUAACCUUUAACAGGUCCAAAUGUCCCAAAAUAAUCACGCCAUUGGUUGUCACCUUCUUUUACUAUCAAACAAAACAAAACAAAAAAAGUAAUUUGUGGAACAACAACAACAACAAAAAAGUCACGUAUCAAUGUUACGCUCUUUUCUUGUUCUCCUUUUGAUGUAUUAUUUUUGUUUUUUAUUGUCCCCACCAUAAUUUGCCUUUUCGUCUUGGGGUUGUCAAAAUGAAAUGUGUGUUUCUAUUUUUGUACAGUGGAGCUUUUGAACACUUGCAGUUUUUGUGUUGUGUAGUACCACAACCGUCCUGUUGGUGGAGUUUCUCUUCUGGAGCUGCAAAAGAAAAUUACAGUAUUCUAUUUUCUUUUGCUUUUUCACUGAAAUAAUAUCAAACAUUUUGGUGCUAAUUUUCACCUGUGCUAGUUAUUGCGCUCUUACAGCGGGAAGUUGGUUUUUUUUUAAAGCAAUUUUUGCAUUUUAAUAAUUCAAGCACAUUUUCAAAUGCAGGCUUUUAUUGUGACAGUCGAGAUCCAGGAAAGCCUUGCAAUAAAUGA